AUGUCCGAAACAACCACUUUGAAGACUCGCUUCGGCGAUCUCCGUGUCCAGAAAGAAAUCAUGAAAGGCAAUUUUGACAACAUUCCUAUUAUCGAUUUGUCCAAUUUGCGCAGUCCAUUGCUUGACGAGAGGCGGGCGCUCGCGAAGGGGGUCUAUGAUGCUUGUACGAAUGUUGGAUUUUUCUAUGUCAAGAAUCAUGGAAUAUCUCAGGAUCUUAUCUCUGCUGUUCAUGAUGCUGCGAAGAGGUUCUUCGCCUUGCCUGAUGAGGUGAAGAUGGAGACUUUUAUUGGGAAGUCUGAGAGAUUCCGCGGCUUCAGCCCCCUCUACGGCGAACACGGUGACAAAGAUAUCUACGAUCAGCAAACAGGAAGUCUAUCAGAAGCCUUUGACAUCGGAUACGAAAUUGCAGCUGAUCCCCGAAAGGAUCCUUCCACCGACGUCCUCCCACCAGAUACCUUUGGCUUGUACGGAGGGAAUCUGUGGCCGAAGGAUGGCUUCCUGCCGGGUGUCAACUUCAAAGAAACAUAUCUUCGUUACUUUGGGGAGGUCCUUGAAUUGAGUCGUGCGUUGCUAAACAUAUUCGCGUUGGGGUUGGAUCUGUCGGAGGAUUACUUCGAUUCUAUUGUGAAGACGCCCGGGUGUAUUUCGCGGAUGCUGCAUUAUCUUCCUCAACCGGUGCCUGGGGAGGAGAAGGUUGGGAUAGAGGCACAUACAGAUUUCGAGUGCUUCACCAUUCUUUCCCAGGAAGAGGUUCCUGCACUCCAGGUUCUGAAUGCUCAUAAUCAAUGGGUUGAGGCACCACCUAUCCCAGGAACCUUUGUGGUCAAUAUUGGAGAUUUCUUUACCUUUUGGACAAACGGCAUAUUCCGAUCAACACUCCACCGCGCCAUAAAUUUAACAGGAAAGGAGCGUUACUCAAUCCCAUUCUUUUUCGGUGUUGACUAUGACGCUAGCGUGAGCGUAUUGAGUAACUGUGUUGCUGCGUCUCCGAAACAACCUGGUACGGUUAUUAGUGCACACAUUAAAGCUGGUGAUUACGUGCGCAGGCGACUGGCGAAUACGUAUGUUGGAUUUGGGGAAGAGGCACCUGGGAAGGAUGGUGCUCUUGAUGUGCCUGCUUGAGGAUGGUUUAUUGGUUUUCUAUAAUUGGGAUACCUUAUACUUGACUAUACUAAAUCACUGUAUUCAUCUUUGUUGUUGCUCUUGAAUUAGGCGCUGACGUCUCUACAAAGACGAUGACUAAGCAUGGCAUAUCAGGUCCAGCUUUAUCGCGGGGAAUUUGAAGCAAUUCAGACUUACAGCUUUGAUAUAUGCAGUGGCUUGAACGUCAAAUUGGCGGUUUAACUUUCAGGUUAUAGACGCUUUACUCCUGUCUCCUCCAUGCAAUCAUAGUACAAUUCUAC